GCUGCUUCUGAAGGCUCGCGGGAUGGCCGCCCUCGUGACGUCACUGCUGGCGGCGCUGCUGCUGCUCGCCUGCCUGGCCGCGCCCGCAGCAACUUCCGGGGGCUGCCACUCGGCGCUCGGCAUGGAGGAGGGCCGCAUCCCCGACUCCGCGGUUUCCGCCAGCUCCUCCUAUGAGCCCAAGUCCGUGGGGCCGCAGAACGCCAGGAUCCGGCAGGAGAAGAACGGCGGCGCGUGGUGCCCGAAGGCGCAGAUCAGCAGCGAGGUGCAGGAGUUCCUGGAGGUGGACCUGGGCCGGGCGCACCUCAUCACCGCCACCGAGACGCAGGGCCGCUUCGGCAACGGCCAGGGCCAGGAGUACGCCGAGUCCUUCCACCUGCUCUACUGGAGGGACGCGCUGCAGCGAUGGGUCGUCUACAGGGACUCCACUGGGCGCAAGGUGCUGAGGGGCAACAGCAACACGUACCUGGCGGUGCGUCAGCAGCUGGAGCUGCCGUUCGUGGCGAGCCGCGUGCGCUUCAUGCCCUACUCCCAGCACACCAGGACCGUAUGCAUGCGCGUCGAGCUCUACGGCUGUCCCUGGACGCAGGGCGUGCUGCGGUACUCGGCACCUGCGGGCGGCGGGGGCGGCCCCGGCUUGGAGCUAAACUUUGCUACAGCUAAUAUUUUAGCUGGAGUGCAGCCGCUGCGAACGCAGUGCCCACACAAAUUUCUUCUGUGUGUCGUACGGAGAGACUGGCGGUGGGUGGGCUGGAGCAACGCCAGCCUGGGCGGGCAGCCGCUGGAGCUGGAAUUCGAACUGGAGACGCCGAGGGAGUUGGCGGCCACCCACCUUCACGUGCUGCACGCGCCGCAGCUGGGCGUCCAGGUCUUCACGGAGGCGUCGGUGUGGCUGAGCCUGGACGGCGUGCACUACCAGUGGGCGACGGCGCCGGUCAGCACGGGGGCGGCGGGGGCGGCGGACUCGGCCCCCUCGUGCGUCAACGUGAGCCUGCCGCUGCACAGCCGCGUGGCGCGCUUCCUGCGCCUGCAGCUGUACUUCGCCGCCGCCUGGAUACUCGUCAGCGAAGUGCGCAUCGACUCGGCGGCGCUGCUGCACAACGUGUCGCAGGAGGCGCUCGAGGAGUUCUUCCUGCAGCAGGACGCCGCGGCGCAGCAGCCGGCGCAGCCACCGGCGCACACCGCUGGUGCCCCAGGCGACGCAACGCGCGCGCGCAACGGGGUCGCCACCGUGGAGACGAUGUUGGCUGGACAGUGGCGCGCGCCUUUUGCAGCGACGGCGGCGAGCAGCGGCCAGCAGGCGUACAUCGGGCUGGUGACGGGCGCGCUGGCCGUGGCGCUGCUGCUGCUGCUGGGCUGCACGAAGGUGGCGCUGCUGCACAAGCACACCGCGCUCGUCUCCAACGGCGUCGCGCUCAACAUGAAGGAGAUGCUGGCGCCCGGGGGCGGCGUGCUGGGCGUCGGCGCCGGCGGCGGCCUCACGCGCGUCCUCACGCCCUGCAAGCCCAAGGCGGCCGCGCCGCCGGGCGACGGGGGCGGCGGAGGCGGCGGAGGCGGCGCGGACAGUGAGGACAGCGAGGGCUCGAGCGUGUACCACGAGCCGUACAAGCUGCUCGCCAAGGCGGGCGCCGGGGGACACCAGGAGUACGGCUGCCUGCUCACCACCAGCAAGAGCGUCGGGCAGUACACCGACUUCACUAGCGUGGCCAGCUUCCAGGAGGAGGUGCGCUUCGCGUCGCCAUCUUUCCACAGCGCGGCGGCGGCGGCGGCGGCGGUGGGGCGGCCGCCCUCGCAGUUCGAGUUGCAGCCGUUCGCGACGCCCACCAAGGCCGCCGCCCCCGUAAGCGCCACCCCCGCCGUGCCCGAGGCCUACUACGCCGCCACCGACAUCGUCAUGCAGUCGGAGCGGCGCGAGCAGCACCUGGAGCCGGGCUGCUUCACGACGGUGCGCAUCCCGAGCGAGGCGCCGCCGGAGACGACGCCGCUGCUGCAGUUCCCCAGGCACCGCCUGCGCCCGCUGGAGAAGCUCGGCGAGGGCGCCUUCGGCAUGGUGCUGCUGUGCGAGGCUGAAGGAGCCCCCGAGUACGACAGCGUCACGACGUCGCACAAGAAGCAGAUGGUGCUGGUGAAGUCGCUGUGGAGGGGCUGCGGCGACUCCAAGAGACAGGAGUUCCUGCACGAGGUGGGCUGGCUGGCGAGCCUGCGGGACGACAACGUGGCGCGCGCGCUGGCCGUCUGCUCCGCCGAGGAGCCGCUCUGCUCGCUGCACGAGUACGGGGAGGUGGGCGCGCUGCCCGCAUUCCUGUCCAGGCCGGAGGGCCGCGAGCUCAGUUACGGAUGUCUCAUAUAUAUGGCGUCGCAGAUUGCAUCGGGAAUGAAAUACCUCGAAUCUAUGGAACUGAUACACCGCGACUUAGCAGCAAGGAACUGCGUGGUGGGCCCGCAGUUCAGCGUGAAGGUGUCGGACCACGCGACCUACUGCUCGCGCUACGACCGCGACUACUACGUCAGCGACACCCAGGCGCGGCUGCCCGUGCGCUGGAUGGCCUGGGAGAGCCUGCUGCUGGGCGAGUACUCGACCAAGAGCGACGUGUGGGCGUUCGGCGUGACGCUGUGGGAGACGCUGACGCUGUGCGCGGUGCAGCCGCUGGCGGAGCUGAGCGACCAGCAGGUGGUGGAGAACUGCAGCCGGUGGCACCUGGACGACGGCCGCCAGCGCUGCCCCGCGCGGCCCGCCGCAUGCCCUCGCGAGCUCUUCGACCUGAUGGCCGAGUGCUGGCGCCGCGACGCCGCGCUACGCCCCCGCUUCGCCGAGAUACACCUCUUCCUGCAGCGCAAGAACCUCGGCUACACGCCCACACCACAGGCGCAGGCGGCUGCGGCGCCGGCGUCGGCGGCGGCGGCGGCGGCAUCGGCGACGGCCACCCCCGGCUAG